AUGACGAGAGACGUGCGUGAGGGCGUGUGCUCCUUCUUUGGGCUCCGCUUUCGAGUAUUUGACACAGCAGGACUCGAACCCGCGACCUCUGCCUCCCACCGGGGGCAUGAGGGUAGUGGGGCAGCAGAGAGUGGUGGUGGGAGUAGGCUUGUGGGAUUCACUCCGAGCCUGCUGGGGAAUUUACCAGAGGCGGAACGUGCGGCGAUGGAGGCGUCGAUUCUGCAACGAACGGCUGAGAUUACGUCGUACUUGCUGGGGCAGGCAGCUGCGGUGCUGUUUCUCGUGGAUGCCAGAGCUGGAAUUCAACCUGCUGACGUGGAGGUUGCUGAUUGGCUGCGCCGCUCCGUCCCAAAGCACCGGGUGGUAGUGCUGGCGAAUAAAUGCGAGGGGCUGGGCGGCGACAGCACAGGCCUGCUGGCCUGCCACGUGGCAGAAGCCUAUUCGCUGGGGUUUGGCGACCCGAUUCCCAUAUCUGCUGAGUCUGGGGAGGGAUUGGAAGACCUGUAUGCUGCUGUGAAGGGACCAGUGGAAGAGAGGGAGAGGGAGAUGGAGGAGAGGGAAAGGGAUGAGCGGGAGGAGAGGGAGACGGAAAUGAGGGAGCGGAGAGAGGAGAUGGAAGGAAGAAAGAUGGCCAUUUCAGGGAUAAGCGCACGCGCGGAGCGGGGCGAUUCUGCUGCGCUGUUGCCUGAUGGCAAUGAGCGCUCUGAUGCACUGAAUGGUGGCGCUGCUCAUGCCUCUGGAGCUCUGGAUAUAACAACAUUAGAUGCGGCAGAGGAGGAGGAGGAGGAGGAGGAGGUGGAGGAGGACGAAGCAGCAGCACAAGCGUUGUUAUCAUCCUCAGCAGCAGCAGCAGAGGCGGCAGAGGCAGCAGAGAUACCGUUACAGCUGGCGAUAGCGGGGCUGCCGAACGUGGGCAAGUCAACGCUGGUCAACUCGCUGCUGGGCGCGCAGCGCGUGCUGACGGGGCCGGAACCGGGACUCACUAGGGAUGCUGUGCGGAUCGGCAUCACCUACCAGGGCAAGCCCAUGUGGCUGGUGGACACGGCGGGGUGGGUGAAGGCAGCGCAGGCAAGGCAGAGGGGGCCGGUGUCGCUGGCACGCAUGGACAUGGAGAGGAGCAUUGGGCGAGCGCAUGUGGUGGUGCUGGUGCUGGAUGCUGCUGUGGUGGCGGAAGAGGAGAAGUCUCUCAAGGCAGCCGAGAGGUCGCUGGCGCGGUGGGUGUGGGAGGAGGGGCGUGCGCUGGUAGUGGCGGCCAAUAAGAUGGAUGCGGUGGGGGGCGACAGGGACAAGCGGUGGGUGAGGAAGAAGGUCAGGCGGGCCGUUCCUUUGGAGAUUGCUGCACUGCUGCCGCAGCUGCACAACGUGCCGAUAGUGUUCACCUCAGCACUGCACGGGGAGGGAGGCAAGGAGCUCAUGCAAGCGGUAUCGGAUGCAUACGACCGGUGGAACACCAUGCUGCCUGCUGCCCGCCUCAAGCACUGGCUGCCACAGACCCUCAGGAAGCUUCCUGGGUCGUGCACUGCAGCUUCCGUCAAGAGUAUCGUGCAAGUCAAGUCACGCCCGCCCACCUUUGUGGUGCGCGUGACUGCCGCUGCUGCAGGGGACCGGUCGCUCGCCCGCUUCUUUUCCACGAGAAUUGCAGCUGACUUUGGGUUUGAUGGUGUGCCGGUGCGUGUGGUGCUGCGAACCAAGGAAGGCACCAGAUGGUGA